AUGAGUUUAAAACAGUAUGACAUUCUUUUACUUGGUAGUACAGGAUAUACUGGGGAAAUGGUUUUAGAGUAUUUUUUGGAAAAUUAUAAAAAAAAAAUAGAAAAUGAAAAAUUAAAAAUCUUAUGUGGUGUCCGGAAUGUAAAUAAGCUUAAUAAUAUUUUAUUAAAAAUAAAAGAAAGAAUAAAUGUAGAUUGUAUUGAUAAAAUAAAUAUAAAAGAAUGUGAUGUAGAAAAUUAUGAAUCGAUUUUAAAUUGUGCCAUAUUAUGCAAAGUGGUAAUAAGUACUGUAGGGCCAUAUGGGAAAUAUGGAUAUACUAUAGUUAAGGCAUGUAUAGAUGGAUCUUGUGAUUAUUUAGAUGCUUGUGGGGAGCAUGAUUUUAUUUUAAAUGUAUAUAAAGAAUAUAAUAAAAUAGCUAAAGAAAAAGAAUUAAAAAUUAUACAUAGUGCUUCAUUUAUAUCAGCUAUAAGUGAUUUAGGGAAUUUAAUUAUACAAGAAGAAUUUGAAAAAAAAUAUAAAAGUACAUGUCCCUAUGUUCGGAUUCGAUUAUCCUCUGAGGGUAGUAAUGAUAGAACAAUUGGAAAAGCUACAUUAAAAAGUUAUUUAUUAUUUAAAAAAACAGUAGGAAAUAAAUAUAAUAAAUAUUAUUUAUGUCAAUCUGAUGAUAAGAAUAGUGAUUGUGCAAAAUGGGAAGAUAAAGAUAAAACUCAAAACUAUUGUUAUGAAAAAGAGUUUGGGUAUUGUUUUGACACAACUUAUUCUUUGGUUGAAGAGACAUAUGUUUUAUGGUCUAACUAUUUACUUAAUUAUAAAUAUGGAAAAGAUUUAGUAAUAGAUUAUAAGCAAUAUGAUUCAGAUUUAUCAUAUUUUCGAUAUAUGUUAAAAAUAGGAUUAUUUUAUGUUAAUAGUUUUUUUAGUAAUUUUACUUUUAUUGAUUAUUUGCUAGAUAAAUAUGUUGAUAAUUUUCAUAAAGUGAAAACAUCUAGAGAAUUAAAAAAAUGUAAUUGGAAAUGUACCAUGAUUGGUGAGUCAGAAAAUGAUAAUAUAUCUAAUACUGAUAUUAUAAAGAAGGGUGAAGAGAAUAAACAGGUUGUCUUAAAUUUUCAUGGAAAAAAUGAAGAUCCAGGAUAUUUAUUAACAGCUAAAAUAAUAUCAGAAAGUGCAAUUUCGCUAGUUGAAAAUAGAACAAAUUUAAAUAAAAACUUUGGAGUAAUGUCUGUGUCAGUAGGUCUUGGUUGGAAUCUUAUUGACCGAUUAAAACAAGCAUCAAUUAGCAUAACAAUAGAUAGAUAA